GGCCAGCGGGACUCUCUGAUUUUCUCCUCCAGACUUGGGCUCACAACCACCUAAAGCACGAUGUCUGAUGAUGAGAAAAAAAGGAGGGCAGCCACUGCCCGUCGGCAGCACCUGAAGAGUGCUAUGCUCCAGCUUGCUGCCACUGAAAUAGAAAGAGAAGCAGCUGCUAAAGAAGCGGAAAAGCAAAACUACCUGUCAGAGCAUUGCCCUCCUCUGUCGCUCCCAGGAUCCAUGCAGGAACUUCAGGAGCUGUGCAAAAAGCUGCAUGCUAAGAUAGAGUCAGUGGAUGAGGAGAGGUACGACACAGAGGUGAAGCUACAGAAGACUAACAAGGAGCUGGAAGACUUGAACCAGAAGCUCUUUGACCUGCGGGGCAAGUUCAAGAGGCCACCCCUGCGCAGGGUGCGCAUGUCCGCCGAUGCAAUGCUGCGGGCCCUGCUGGGCUCCAAGCACAAGGUCUGCAUGGACCUCCGAGCCAACUUGAAGCAAGUCAAGAAGGAGGACACUGAGAAGGAGAAGGACCUCCGUGAUGUCGGCGACUGGAGGAAGAACAUAGAGGAGAAGUCUGGCAUGGAGGGCAGAAAGAAGAUGUUCGAGGCUGGCGAGUCCUAAGUGCCCAUCUCUCCAAGCCCGUCUUCUGUCCCCUCCUG